GAUUAUCAAAGUAACAACAAAUUAUUAUCAAUUAAUUAAGUGUAGCAAAUUAAAAUGUGUUCCUCUUUAUUUUCUUCCUUAUCAAAUUUCAACAGUUUUAAGCUCCAAUGUUGCUUGUUUUGGGUACUAAUUGGAGUGGUUUCAGCUCAAUUAUCAUCAAAUUUCUACUCAAGUUCGUGCCCAAAUGCACUCUCCACUAUCCAAUCUGCAGUCCAAUCUGCUGUGAAAAAUGAGUCUCGUAUGGGAGCAUCCUUACUUCGACUUCAUUUUCAUGAUUGUUUUGUGAAUGGAUGUGAUGGUUCGAUAUUGCUUGACGACACAACAAACUUUACUGGAGAAAAGAAUGCAGGACCAAAUGCAAAUUCUGUAAGAGGUUUCGAGGUGAUUGACACCAUAAAAUCUCAAGUAGAGAAUGUAUGUGCAGGAGUGGUGUCUUGUGCUGAUAUUCUAGCAGUUGUUGCAAGAGACUCGGUAGUUGCGCUAGGUGGACCAAGUUGGACAGUGCUUUUAGGAAGAAGAGAUUCGACCACAGCAAGUCAAAGUGCAGCUAAUUCCAAUAUACCUGCCCCAACUUUGAAUCUUUCCCAACUCAUUACAACCUUUUCUAACAAAGGCUUUACUACCCAAGAAUUGGUUGCUUUAUCAGGAGCUCACACAAUUGGACAAGCAAGAUGCACAUCAUUCCGAACACAUAUAUAUAACGAAACCAACAUAAAUUCAACAUUUGCAACAUCUUUACAAGCGAAUUGUCCAUUUAAUGGUGGGGACAAUAACACAUCAUCUCUCGAUAAAACAAGCUCAACAAGAUUCGAUAAUGCCUAUUUUACAAACUUGUUAAGUUUAGAAGGUGUUCUACAUUCCGAUCAACAAUUGUUCAAUGGAAACAAUGGAACAACAGAUUCUUUAGUAUCAUCUUAUAGCUCAAGUUCUUCCACAUUCUUCAAUGAUUUUUCAAAUGCAAUGAUAAAAAUGGGUAAUAUGAGUGUUCUUACUGGAUCAAAUGGGGAAAUUAGAUCUAAUUGUAGGAAGACCAACUAAUUUGAUCGAACCUUUGUUUCAACUAAAUUUCUUUUAGUUUGUACGAAACUAGAGUAUGUAUUUAUGUGUUGAUUCCUAGCUAGUACAUUGCAUUUUGCAUUGGGUUUAUGAAAUAUGAAUAUAAGAUUAUGGAUUUUUCUUCCUA